CUUGAAGUUGAGGUCACAGAUACGAGUGGGAAAACCCUUGAUGGCCCAGUCCGCCUGGAUAUUUCUGUUAUUGAUCAAAAUGACAACAGGCCAAUGUUCAAAGAAGGACCCUAUAUUGGUCAUGUCAUGGAGGGAUCUGCCACAGGAACCACAGUGAUGCGUAUGACGGCGUUUGAUGCCGACGAUGCGAGCACAGACAAUGCUCUUCUGCGGUACAACAUCCUCAAACAGACACCUACCAAACCCUCUCCAAAUAUGUUCUACAUUGACCCAGAAAAGGGAGAUAUUGUGACAGUGGUGUCACCUGUGCUGUUGGACCGUGAGACUAUGGAAAGCCCCAAAUAUGAGCUGGUUAUAGAAGCUAAGGAUAUGGGAGGUCUUGAUGUAGGACUCACUGGCACAGCAACUGCCACUAUUCUCAUUGAUGACAAAAAUGAUCAUCCACCAGAAUUUACCAAGAAAGAGUUUCAAGCCACAGUGAAAGAGGGAGUCACAGGUGUAAUAGUGAACCUAACCGUUGGUGACCGAGAUGACCCAGCGACCGGAGCGUGGAGAGCUGUCUACACCAUCAUUAAUGGGAAUCCAGGGCAGAGCUUUGAGAUCCAUACCAAUCCCCAGACUAACGAGGGAAUGCUCUCUGUUGUCAAACCUUUAGACUAUGAGAUUUCAGCGUUUCACACACUGCUGAUCAAAGUAGAAAAUGAAGACCCACUGAUUCCAGACAUUGCCUAUGGCCCCAGUUCCACAGCAACGGUCCAGAUCACUGUGGAGGAUGUGAAUGAAGGCCCAGUUUUCCACCCAAACCCCAUGACAGUGACAAAGCAAGAAAACAUCCCCAUUGGCAGUGUUGUGUUAACUGUGAAUGCCACUGAUCCAGACACCUUGCAACAUCAGACUAUCAGAUAUUCAGUUUACAAGGAUCCAGCAGGCUGGUUGGAGAUCAAUCCUACCAAUGGCACCAUUGGCACCACUGCUGUCCUGGAUCGGGAAUCUCCCCAUGUGCAGAAUAAUGUAUACACUGCUCUCUUCCUGGCAAUAGACAGUGGUAACCCUCCUGCUACAGGUACAGGAACCUUACACAUCACCUUGGAGGAUGUCAAUGACAACGUCCCAUCCCUUUAUCCAACACUGGCAAAAGUUUGUGAUGAUGCAAAAGAUCUCAGGGUAGUGGUACUAGGAGCAUCAGACAAAGACCUUCAUCCCAACACAGAUCCAUUCAAAUUUGAACUGAGUAAACAAUCUGGCCCAGAAAAAUUAUGGAGAAUCAACAAGCUUAACAGUACUCAUGCCCAGGUCAUCCUGCUUCAAAACCUGAAAAAGGCCAAUUACAACAUCCCAAUCUCAGUGACAGAUUCUGGAAAACCACCUCUGACUAACAACACAGAACUGAAAUUACAAGUGUGUACCUGCAAGAAAUCCAAAAUGGACUGCAGUGCGAGUGAUGCUCUUCAUAUCAGCCUGACCCUAAUCCUCCUUUCACUCCUCAGUUUAUUUUGUCUGUAAGAAUUGCUGAAGCUGAAGCUGUCCUACCGAGUUGCCAUGGCAACGAGAAGAUGAAAAACCAUCAGAUCUGAAGAUUGCAGUUUACAGUUACUGUUCUUCACUCCUCGGCCUCAGUUGCUCCAGUUUCAUUUGCAACCUCACUUAAUCUGUCCAACUGUCCAUUGGUGUUCGACAGCCUCUGCCCCAAUUCCCUUUCUCAAUGGAUUCCUCUUGCCAGACACAAGGUUUACGCCAAUUUUCUCUGAAUGUUAAAAGACCAUGACACCUAAACCCAACCUUGGGGGAGCAGAAAACAGAUUGACUCCAUUUUUUUCUAUCUGUUGACUUGUUGCUAUUCAACUGUUCAGAAAAUAUUUUGUCUGUGGGUUAGUAUUUGUAUAUGUAUGAGUGUAUGUAUAUAUAUAUAUUUAUAUAGAGAGAAGAGUUAUACCACAGGUUUAGCUUUUAUAAAACAUUCAUCUGGAGCGUGCAAGGGAGACGCAGAGUAAUACAGCCACAGAUGAAUUGUACCUGUUCUACCAUGGCUAAACCUACUGUCUUUGCUGUUUAUAGUGUGGCCAGGAGGAGAGAGCCCAUUGCCAUCCCACCACUCCCACAGCUGCUCUGCCAACACAAACCAGGCAGGCCCAGGGCUCUCACAUGGCACUUCUCAUACCUCAGGUUCAGCAAACAAGAUGUGCAAGCCCCUUGGGCUUGUGCCUGACCUGAACUGUGCUUCUUAUGCCCCAAAUGGAGCUUAUGAUCCGAGAGGAGCAGCCAGCUGUGACCAGCUAUGAGGGUCACCACACACAGUGCUGAGCCUGAUUUUUAGAGGGGCUAAAGGGGUUCAAAUCUCUUGCCAAGGGCAGUUGACAACAUUUCAGUCUUUGUCAGCUCUGCUGACACAGGUAGGCAGGCAGAUGUCUGCAGGUGAGAAGCUGAUUCAAACAGCAAAACUCAGUGUUUCUCAGAGCACUGGUCUCUCUCUCAGCCUCUGUGCCGCUUCGUAAGCGCCCGGAGGAACAUCAAUGCCCUAACUCUAUAAAUAUACUCACAAACACACAUAUAUAUAUAGUUUUGAAUAUAUAUAUACAUACAUACACAUGUACACACAGUUUCCAGUUAAGAGUAACAAGAGCAUUUCUUUGUGUGUGUAAACAUACCACACUUGUUUGCAGACAUGGGAAAAAAGGGUGUUUGUUCUAUAUGAAUAUGAUCCUUUUUUAUUCUGUGAGCAUGUAAGGUCAAAAAAAAAAACCCCAAACCCUUCUAACUGUACGAAGAUGAUCAUCUUGUUAAUAAAUUGUAAAUGAUCCAUCAAAGCUCACACCAAAUUUUUAUAAAAUUAACACAAAAAAGUAUACUAGUGACAGACUGUGGCUUUUAUUAGAGCUUGCCAGUAACUAGGGUAAGGUAAGUGUCUUAGAAUAUUUUAAUAAACUUGCUUAUUUAAAGUUUAAACAAGAAAGCUUCCUUAUGCAAUAGAACUUUGCAGCUGCAUUCUUUAGUUAGCAUUUUUACAGUACUUAUGAGUCAUCCUGUAUGUCAUCUUUACUACAGUGAGAUUAUGAGCAUAUCUUCCACACCACGUCUAUGUUUCAAUAGUACAGAUUUUUGGAAACAUUAAAAAGUCCAAACAUACAUUUAGUUUUUAUCCAUAAUGCUACACUAGAUAUUAAAUGUGUGUUGGUGGUUAAAA